AGAUAUUAUAACAUCAAAAGAUAUUGAUCAAUUAUUGAAUGAUAAUAAACAGGAUAGUUAUCGAUUAAUAAAUGAAAUGAAUUUAUUCAAUAUUGGCCAAUUAACAUCAUCAUCAUCAUCAUCAUCGUCAUCAUCAUCAACAACAACAACAACGACGACGACUAGAUCAACAUCAAUCACUCCUAUGGUUAACGAUAUAAUCGAUAUCGAACAAUUAGAACGAGAUAAAAAUGCCGUCUAUUCACAUCCAUUGUUUCCUUUGUUAGCAUUGUUAUUUGAAAAAUGUGAAUUAGCCACACAAUCAAUAACGGCAUUUGAAACGGAUUCAAAUCUGGCCAUGUUUAAUCGUGAAAUUGAAGAUUUCAUCAAUCAUCAUCAUCGAACAUUAGGAACUAAUUCAUCAUUUUUUACUGAUGAUCCUGAAGUUGAUUCAUUGAUGAUAAAAGCUAUCCAGGUGUUUCGUAUACAUCUAUUGGAAUUGGAAAAAGUAUCACAAUUAUGUCAGGAUUUUUGUCAACGUUAUAUUUCUUGUCUGCGAUCAAAAAUGCGUUCAGAUAAUCUAAUACGUGGUAAUGGUCAUCAAUCAUCGAUGAAUAAUGGAAAGAAAAAUCAUUCAUCAUCAUCAUCAACAUCAUCACCACAUUCAUUCAUGGAUGAUGAAUAUGAUAUUGAUAUGGAUGUGGAACCUAUGGAUGAUGAUAAUGAUGAUGAUAGAGAUCUAGCGCCCGAAAAUGAAGAAGAUAACACACCAUCAUUAUCAAAAUCGAAUCCAUCAUCAUCGUCAUUAGAUUUGUUAGAUAAUAUUAUAUUCAAUUGUGGUCAAAAAUCACAAAUAACGUCCAAUAAUAAUCAUGCAACAAUUAUGUCAUCAGGUUUAUCCAAUUCAUCGUUACUUAAUUUUGAUAAUACAAUCAUGUCAGCACCAUCAAUAUCAUAUUUAAAAUCAAUGUCUAAAUGUCUUCAACAACAACAACAACCACAACCUCCACAACAGAUUUCAAUGACCAUAUCAAACAAUUGUGAUUCUAAUUCUGAUUCUAAUGAUGAAGAUGAUGAUGAUGAUGAUGAUGAUGAUAAUGAUUUGGUACAUGAUCUCAGUUUAAAAUCAAAAUCUUUCAAUUCAGAAUCCAACAUAAAUGAUAAUGUUGAUAAUAAUAAUGAUCUCUAUAACAACAGGAAUGAUGAUCAACGAGAAGUCUCAUCAUAUCCACCUAUAGUACAAAGUGAUCAACAGAAAUUGAAAAAAGUAAAAACAGAAAAACAAUCAAUCAAGAAAAAAUGCUCAAAUGAAAAACAAACGGCUACGAACAUAAAUUCAAAUAAUAAUAGCAAACGUGGUGUUCUGCCUAAACAUGCUACAUCGAUAAUGCGUUUAUGGCUUUUUCAACAUAUCGUUCAUCCAUAUCCAACGGAAGAUGAAAAACGUACCAUAGCAUCUGAAACAAAUCUUACCUUAUUACAGGUAAAUAAUUGGUUUAUCAAUGCACGAAGACGUAUCCUACAACCGAUGCUUGAUUCGGCCAAUAAUAGUAUUCAUCAUGGACAAACAAAAUCAUUAUCAGAAUCAUCAUCAUCAUCAUUAUCAAUGAUAAAUGAUCCUGGAUUAGAUCUAACAACUAAUACAGCUAAAACUGUUACAAGAAAAACGAAUCGAAAACAUUCAACAACAACAACCACUACGACCACAUUGAAGACAAAAUCAAAAACAAAAUCACAACAACGACAACAAUCAUUGAAUCGAUUUUGGCCACAAUCAUUGGCAAAUAUUAUACAGACAAACGAUGUAAAUCCAUCGGCGAAUUGAGAAAAU